CUGAUCGCGGGUUCGGGGGGGGCGGUUAGAGCCGCUAAGUCGGAAGUGCCCCCAAGAACUGUAUCCGGUUCCAGGUUUGGGCCUAGUCUUUACCGUCUGUCCCUGUCUCCAGCGCUUGCUCACACACUCCCAGCCCCAGCGGGUGAUGAUGUCUCGGCGGCGGGGACUGUGAAAUACCGGGUGAAACUUUCCCCAUUUCCAAAGGGGCGGGUGACGGCGCCGACUGGUUACUAAGUCACUCCCGGCAGGUUUCACCCGCCCCGGGUAAUUUAGUUAUCGGUCAGCCUGUCAGCUUUCACUGGCGACUGAAGGUGGAGUCAUGCUGAGGGGGUGGGCUAGAAAGUCCUGCUGUGGACGCUGACUGACUCCCUCAGAGAAGUUGUCGUGGGACUUUAUUUAAAAAUCAAAGUUUUUAAAAUCAUUUACAGUGGUGUUUUUGAGCAGUUUUAUGUCCACUUGAUGGAGCAUUUCCCGAUGGAACAUUUACUUUGUUGAACUAAUUUUCAUAAGCAAAAGCACCAUGCCUCAGAAGUUGCUUAAAAGUGCCCACUAUAUUGAAUUAGGAAACUACCAUUAUUGGCCUGUUCUUGUACCACGAGGCAUCCGCCUGUACACUUAUGAACAACUUCCAUCUUUCCUUAAGGAUAAUCCUUACAUUACAGAUGGAUAUAGAGCUUAUCUACCUUCAAAAUUAUGUUUGAAAAGUCUUUUCAUCCUUUCUAAUGAGACGGUGAAUAUCUGGAGUCAUCUACUUGGAUUUUUCCUGUUUUUCAGUCUUGGCAUUUAUGACAUGACCACUGUACUUCCUGCGGCAAGUGCCUCUAGGGAUGAUUAUGUUAUAUAUACCAUAUGUCUCUUCUGCUUCCAGGUUUGCAUGCUGUGUUCAGUGGGCUAUCACCUGUUCUGCUGUCAUCGCUCUGAGAAAGCAAAUCGGCGCUGGAUGGCCCUUGAUUAUGCUGGUAUUGCCAUUGGGAUUUUGGGCUGCUAUGUCCCUGCAGUAUUCUAUGCCUUUUACUGCAAUGAAUAUUGGCGACAGGUAUACUUAAUAAUGGUGCUGGCUAUGAUACUGGCAGUAUUUUUUGCACAAAUACAUCCGUAUUACCUCACACAGCAGUGGUACAGCCUGCGUGCACUCAUCUUUUGCUGUGUCUCUGCGUAUGGGUUUAUCCCAACAAUACAUUGGAUCUGGCAGAAUGGAGGGAUGAACACACCAAUUGUUCAGGCAUUUGUACCACGUGUAUUUGUGAUGUAUUUGAUGGGUGCAAUUGCUAUUUUUUUCUACAUUACGAAAAUUCCAGAAAGAUAUUUUCCAGGACAGCUCAACUACCUCGGUUCUAGUCAUCAGUGCUGGCACGUCCUUGUUGUAUUGAUGUUUUAUUGGUGGCACCAGACUGGAGUAUACAUCAUGCAGUACAGACACAACCAACCCUGUUCUGAACUAAUGAGUACGUAACCGCAACAGUGUCUUGUGAUUAGGUGAACAACUUCUGUAAAAGUGCCUGUUGAGAAUCUGUUGUGGUGUGCAACCAGGAAAUGUGAAUGAAUGAGUUAUACUUCUGUCAAUCUGAAUGGACAGCUACCUCUAUUUCCAGUUUCCAAUAAUCUGUUACUUAAAUAAAGAAGUCUCAACAUCCUGCAGAUAUUUUCCAAUAGCUUGAGAUGUCUGAGGUAUUUCUAUGAAUGAGCUUACAAAUUAAGGUGUAAUAGUCAAUCUUCAAAUAAUUUUCAUACUAUUAUGUCUGAUACUGGUAUAAUUCAAGAACCUGCAAAAUGCAGGUGCUAAACGUUGUAUUUGUGUUUGUGUAUGUGUAUGCCUGUUUGCCCAGUUUUAAUGUUAGCAAGUGAGGGGUGUUUUAACCUUGGAAUUGUGCUGAACAGCACUGAAUAUCCCUGGUUUGAGACUGCCUCCCAAGAUACCUCACCCCUGUUUACACUACUGAAUAUUAGCUCAAAUAAGUGAUCUCAUUAAAGCUGUACUUUUUAUGGAUAAAAAUGUAGAAUAUUGUAUGAAAUCUUCUCUGAUCUGUUUAAACUGGAACUUAAGGAACAAGACUUAAAAGCUGGGAGACAAAGGAGAAAGCUAGGGUUUCUGGGAAAAGUGAAACAUUAAAUAGAAACCCUGGUAUUCUGAAAUGUGAAUAUAUAUCCUGAAACAAAAUCAGGGAAAGAAUUGACAACUACUUAAUCUCCAUCUCCAAGAAUAAGAAUCCUGUAUGUGAGAAUAAUGUGAACAGAAUUGGAACCUGUCAUUUAAUCUUCAUAGGAACAGUUUGCAUUUGGAAACAAGUAUGAUUAAAAUUAUUUAGUCAUCUGCAAAAUUUGAUCAAAGUUAUCAGGAUGCUUUCUGAUCAUAACCAAGGUUUCAUACCUUAUUUUAGCAUUUGCCACAUAACAUCUAAUCAAUCAGUCAGUUAGCUAGACGAGUAGUUUGAAAUGCAGAGUAAUGUAAACAGUGCGAGUUUAAUUCCCAUACCAUGAAAGAUUCUUGUCAACCUCUUCUCAUGCCUGGGGCAUGACUACCCUUGGGUUGAACCACUAGUUUUCCGACAGCAUCCCGAUCUUUAACACUUCGAAUAUCAUUGUGGAAGAGAUAGGAAUUUAGAUACCAAAUGUAAAAUCUUAAAAGGAAAGACUUUUUUCCUUUGAGACGUGAAAAUAUUUUUCCUUUGGUUAUGCUUACUAUGUUCUAAUAGCAUGGCUGGCUGGUUCACUGGAGAAGUACAAAUCAGAGUCGAUUGUUUGCCUAGCUUUAUCCUUUUGGAUGACUGGCAGGUAUAUUGGAGAAUGGACACUUAGUCUGACAAAUGUUGAGGAAAACAAACAAACAGUCUGUUACUUCUACUGUUCCUCCACAUGCAGCUAGAUUGUCUUUGCACCUUGUACUUUUUCACUGAAAUGGCCAGCCAGUGCCUUAGAACAGACCAACAAUGAAUGAUGGCAAAAAAUUCUAGUAAACCUCAGAAGAAAAACAAACUUAAGACUUUUCACACUUAGUAUAUACUGUGUUUUUUAAAAAUGUAGCAAUUACUGCUGAGAACACCAUUGACAAUUAAAGGGUAUAUUAUACAACCUAUACAUCGAUCCCAGAACUUCACACAGUGGGUUGAGUCCUAGGUUUAUGCUGGGAUGUUAAACCAAAAGGGCUAAGUGCAAUUUAAAAGUUAUGUGCAUAGAAAAUUUAUUUAGCAGCAGGUAGAACUGGUAUGGUUAGAAAAUGGUGGUUACUUGCUCUUAAAUAUCUGAAUCACAUGACAAGCUCUUCAUCUGGAAAAUUCGUGCAAAUCCUGGAACUGGAUGUCUAUUUUGAGGAAUGCAGUGAGAGAAAAGAUGGGUGUUUUGUCUGACAUUAUUUGGAGCUUAAUUUCUUUUCUUCUCCUCUGUAGAAAUGUAUUAUCAAUAAAAAUAUUUUCCAACACAA